AUGAGAAAUUCAACAUGUCUUCUUCAGCCAUCGUUAGCUACUACUGUAGCUCUACCAGUCAUCUACUCUUUCCUAUUUCCUGCUGGAAGUUUUGGAAACAUUCUCGCUGCCUGGAUAUUUUCACGGCAAGCACCCACAAAAAGAACACAAUACAUUUACCUGGCAAACCUUGUCACUGCAAAUUUACUCGUAUGUAGCACAAUGCCUUUUCUGGCUGCCUAUUUUGCAAGAGGGUACCAAUGGACUUAUGACUCUGUAGCAUGUAGAAUAGCAAAUCACCUUGGGACUCUCAUUAUGCAUGUCAGUAUGUAUGUUACGAUUAUAAUUUUAUGUUCAACUGCUCUAAGUCAGUAUGCAACACUGAAGAAAAAUAGUGACACACAAUACUCUCAAGCAGUUAAUGAAAACUUUUACAGAUGUGUACUUGAAAAGUUUCGUCAGCCAAAAUUUGCUAAGUAUUUGUGCAUCAUUAUAUGGCUUACUGUGUUCUGCAUAACGGUAAUAGCUAUAACAUAUAAUGUCCAGGCAAGGGCUACGGAAGAAUUUCACAGAUGCUACAACAUCAGGGUAGAAGCUGGUGAAUUUACCGCAAUGAUUGCAGCUUCUCUUGCCACUGCAUGUUUUUUUGUAUCUUUUAUGACAGUUUUGUUGUCAUACUAUUCUCUUACCAGACAUCUGAGUAAAAUACAAAAAAACACCUGUAUUGGAGAAAAACAUCUAAUUUACAGCACAGUGAAAAGAAACAUUCUUGUCAUCCAGAUGAUAUUAACUGUCUGCUUUCUUCCAUAUCACAUUUUUAGGCCAAUUUUUUAUGUACUGCUUACAAAUAAUGACUGCCUAAGGUUAAACUAUCUAGUGGAAAUUAAAAAUUUCCUUACUUGUCUUGCUGCUGCUAAGAGUAGUUUAGAUCCAGUUAUAACCCUUCUGCUAGACAAAACAUUUAAGAAAAGUCUGUAUGGCCUGUUUACAAAAUCCACACCAGAACACCACAAACGUAAAGCCGACAUUUUCACUGAAAAGACUCCUGAAAUGAGAAUGAAUAUGGAAAGAUUUUAG